AAUCAAUAAACCAUAAACAGCUUCCGAUCAAGAUGGCGGUUGUGUGUUGAAGGAAGUGAUAAACUACAGGAAUUUGAACUGCAAUGUGACGUUGUUAAGUUCAUUUCUCGAGUUCCAAAGAUGCGUAUUAAUUACCAGGAAGCAUCCGUAUUUGAAAUUUUACAGGUCAACGUUUCUUGUGGGACAUAACAUCGCAAAAUCUCGUUUGGAGGUUAAAACAAUUCGAAUCGAACGUGACUUGAGUUGGAUAUGCAAUGGCUUCUGUCUGUUGCGCGUCCUGUAGGAAAUCACGACUCCAAGCGUGCCUCUUUCUGUUUUAUUUAUUCGUGGUUUUAGGAAUUGUGGCCUCGAAUAAGAGCAACUUUAGAAAGUGCACUAGAGGUGGUCGCGAAUGGAAUAGUGCAACUCUUCGAGAUGGGGCGCUUGCUGGAGACUUUUCAAUUCUCAAACGUACUACAAGCAUGACCACUUGCAAAGAGCUGUGUUGUGCAAACGAUUCGUGUGAAUUGGCCUUGCUUGUCAACGGUGGUUGCUUUUCCGUCCAAUGCAAGUCCGCCGAAGCGUGCAUGCCUCAGAGUGUGAAGCGUGAUGGACUUGUGGCUCCUAGAAUAUUCGUACGGAACAUCGCCAAAUUUGAUAAGAAAAGGCAGCUGGAAAGUACAAAUGUGCUGAAGUCUGAUCCAAACAAGGAACUUAUUCGAGAAAAAAGACAAGCAAGUUGUCACCACUACCAUGGUCAUGUCUGCAAUGAAUACUUAGAUAAAAACAAACUAUUGUACUUAAACAAGAAUCCCAAGAUAUUGGAAGAGAGCCUCAGAAGUCCUUUUAGUCUUCUAAAGCCACGGUUACUCAAAGACUGUGCAAAAUAUGCACUGAAAGCAAUUUGCCUCACAACUUACCCAUACUGUUCAAGUUCUAACAAACCAAAACCAGUCAGACUGUGCAGAGAAGACUGCGAGGAACUGCAGAGUGGUGUAUGCAAAUCAGAUUUUAGAGUUGCAAGGCAGUUUGAUUACUUGGCUGUUAUUUUGCCCAACUGUAGUAUUUUGCCUGAGAAGGGAACCAAAGAGGCAGAGGGUUGUGUAAAGCUUGGCAUUAAAGAAUCAAAUAAACAGGAUCAGGUCAAUUCUUUGGAUGCUGACAAUUCAAAAGACCUCAAAGCAUUGGUAACCCAUGAUGAUGAUGAUGACGAUAAGGACACUGAUGAUCAUGAAACCCAAGCAACCACUGCUGCACCUAUCCCACAUUACACAGCACCGCGCCAUCCUUCAUCCAAAAGACAUUCUAACAUUGACAUGGCAGUAACAAAGCCAUCUAUUGGAGCAGUCAUGCCAUCCACAGAGGCAGUGAUAAUGGGAGAGGAUAUGGUGAAUAAUGGAAACUUUUCUCAGGUGGUGUCAGGAGAUAGGAAUUCUAAUGCCCAGCAAAGUCGACUGUCUUCUGCUUUGAAGGACAUAACCCCUCAAGAUGAACCAUCAGUGCCUAAUCAGGGUGAAGCAAACAAUGUCAAAAAAGUUGUAACUGCCCCUCUGCCGUCAAAUUCCACAUUGUCAACUUCCUCCAUGCUUCAGAAUCCAAUGACUGAGCCAACUGUUGUCAACAUCACUAACACCACAGAAGUGAACCUUGCACAAAGUAGUGAAAAUUCAUCUUCUGCAACUCCCCUUGCAGUAACUCUAAAACCUGUCCUUACCAACCAGUCUGAAACAAACCUUGAUACAACAACUACAGGACCAUCAGCAAAGCCAUCUCCUGAAGUGCCACACAAAUCCCUUGAAGUUUCUGCCGGUGACAACAAAGUACUAACACUUCCAGUGAACACAGUAAGCUUGUAUGCCAGUGCAUGGCCAAAGGAGACGUCAGAAAAUCCAUACUCAUACCAUUGGCAACAGAUCUCAGCCCCUGAAGGUAGUCAUGGUUACAUGGAGGGGCAGGACUCCAGAAGAGUAAUACUCAGUCAGCUUGAUCAAUCUGGUGUGUAUAAAUUCAAAGUGAAAGUUACAGCUGUGGACCAAUCUUAUGGAUAUGCAUUUAUUAAUGUCACAGUUUUGCCUGCUCCUCGAGUGAAUAAGCCACCACGUGCUGACAUCUCUCCUAAGGAACAAACAAUUACCUUGCCAACCAACGAGGUUGUACUUGAUGGAUCAAAGAGUUCAGAUGACGACAAAAUCACUCAAUACAAAUGGGAAGAAGUGAAAGGUCCUCUAAAUGACAAGAACAAAAUGAUGAGCUCAGGUGCAGACUCUCCUGUGCUUCAGCUCAAGUCUCUUGUUCCUGGAAUCUACACAUUCAAGUUGACUGUGACUGACUCAGAUGGUGAAUCAGAUUCCACUACAGCCACAGUGACUGUUAAUGAUGAGAAAGAUUACCCACCUGUGGCACGUGCGGGAAAUGAUGUUGUGAUUGUACUUCCUGUGGAUCAUGUGACUCUUUAUGGUAAUGGAAGCACAGAUGACAAGGGUAUUGUCAGUUAUGAAUGGAGCAAAACACCUUCCAGUCCAGCUGUAGGGGACAUGCAGGGCACGAGUUCUCCAACUUUAAAGGUGUCCAACAUGGUUGUGGGUGACUACACUUUUGUGUUAAAAGUGACCGAUACUGGGGGACAGACUGCUAGCUCUAGCUUGACAGUAGUGGUUCAACCUGAGAAGAAUGCCCCACCUGUGGCAGUCGCCGGGUCAGAUAAGGAUCUGGUGUUUCCUGACGACUCCACAGUUCUUGAUGCCUCAUCUAGUCAUGAUGAUCAAAAAAUUGUCAGCUACCACUGGGAGCAAUCGAGCGGGCCGCGCCAAGCUGAGAUGUCGGGGGUCAAUGACAAAGUUGUGACGGUUAAGAAACUUUUAGAAGGUCACUAUGUGUUCAAAUUAACGGUGACAGAUGACAAGGGACUCACGGGAACUGAUACAGUGGCAGUGAAUGUUAAGAAAGAUAUAAAUAAGCCUCCUAUUGCCAAUGCUGGUCCAGAUGUCACGGUACAUCUCCCAAACCGAGCAGCGGAACUGGAUGGAUCCAGUUCAUAUGAUGAUCAUGGGAUUGUUAUGUACGAGUGGUCACGUGAUCCUAAAAGUCCCGCGGCUGGUGACGUCAUCAACAACAGUGACCAUCAGGCUGUACUGCGGCUGUCAAACCUUGUAGAGGGAAUAUACAAGUUCAAGCUCACUGUGGCUGAUGGGAAGGGGCUCAAGGGCAACGAUGACGUCAUACUUACUGUAAAAGAAGAUCAAAACAGUGCUCAUCUUGUGGAGUUGUACCUGGAUGUCGACAUCACGAAAUUCACUGAAGAAAAUAAGGAGCAGUUAAUUCGUAAACUGGCUGUAAUCCUUGACGUUCAAGAUGAGGAUAUUAUAGUGGAGCAUUUAAAAGAAGCUGGUGUCGGACAUAGUAUGAAGGUGAUGUUUUACGUUAAAGAUAAAUUGCUCAAAGCUAAGGAUGGCUACGAGGUGGCUGCAAUAUUAAAGGAGAAGAUUGGGAACGAGGAAGGCUUCUUCGAGUUUAGAAUGUUGAAAGUAGAGCCGUAUAUUUGCAGGAAUAACUGUUCAGGUCAUGGUUACUGUGAUCGCAGCACCAAGAUGUGCGUUUGCGAAAGUUUUUGGAUGCAGGAUUUCUUCAAAGUGCACUUUGGAACUAGAGAAAGCAAUUGCGAUUGGAGUAUUUUAUACGUAACUGUCAUAAUCUUCGGCAUCAUUAUGGCCAUCGGUGGGAUUGUGUGGGCGAUAUGUUUCUGUAUGGGAAGGAGACGAGUCCGUGGCAAGAGGCGCCAUCGUUACGCCGUUCUUGAUGAGGACGAGGAGGAUAAACUCGAGAGCAUGGAGAUGCUUCCCAAAGGAGGUAAAUAUUUAAGUACCAGUCUGAUGCUGAGUGACACCGGGGAUGAUAGCGACGCAGAAUCAACUGUUUUCGAAGCUAAGAAACGACACAUGAACGGCUCGAUGAAUGGCUAUAUAAGGAAAGACACGUGAUGCAAAGCACUUACAAGUAACAUGCAAACCAUCGAUAGCUCUUUUGGCUACUGGUUCAUCCCAGUACCUCGUGUAAGAAGGAGCUUAAGGAACUUAUAGGUCAAUGUAGCCUAGUGUCCAGGGACUCACGAGGAGGUUAGCCGAAGGAAAGUGACUCAGAACGAAAACGUGGCUUCUAUUUAAUGCCCCAAUCUUGAGUGACGAUUACGCACCGAGUUCUGGUUUGCUCGCUCGUGGAGGCAAUAGCAUUUUUCUGCACAAAUUUUUGUCGAGUCGUGAAAAAAAACUUGUUGCAGUGUUUCAGAUUUGGUCGAUGCGAUAUGAUAACAAGAUAGAGAUAUACGGCUCCAUUCUUAAAAGAAUGCAAAGCAUAUAAAUUGGAGAUUUUGGAUGGUUUACGUGUUUUAAAUCGUUAACACUGCAACUUGGUUGAGAUGGCAAUGAAAAUUUAACUGUCGAAGAAUGAUGGCUCCCCCGGGUGAGAAUUUGAAUGAGAUAAUUGAAAGUUAUGAAAAAUUAUCUAUAGUUAAAUAUUACUUUUAUAAAUUCAAGAAGUGAAUAGGAUACAACUAAUAUAAAUACACAGUUUACAUAUGAAAAUUAAUAGCGAGCUAUUUCGCUGAAUCUAAAACCAAAUACAGUCAUAAAUUAUUAGCGAUUACUUGUGCUCCAUGCUUAAGUGAAAGUUCACAUAUUUCAAAGUGAAAGAUUCCGCAUGUCAAAAAACGUUAUCGAUGUGCACUUCAUUAGCAAAGUUAAGAGGCUUUGGUAGAACACUUUUGCGCUGUGUUAUUUAGCGCUAUAUAGCUGGAAAAACCAUGUCGCUAACACAGUUUUAGCACUGCGCAACGGAGCAUAGAAUUAGGUAGAGUGUCCUAGAAGUAAUUUAUAUUGUAGGGCAAAGCUCGUAAUUUGCGUAAAAUCUAAGUAAAGAAUUGAUUGCAUAUGGUUUUUCUUGUUAAUCACUGAUCUGUAACUUCUCUUUGAAGAUCGUGAUUUUGAUGUUGCAGACGGGUUUUUGCAGUGUACUUCUCAGAAUUGAUAUAUGUGUCAAGAUCUCAAUUCGUUACCUUGUAGACAUGAUUUGGGAUAGACAGAUCUGUUCAAGUUACAAGAAAAUGGAUAGCAAUUAAAUACGCGGAUGGCAAAUCAUAUUUGUAAAGGUCAAUAGUCAAGAGAAUACAACGGAGUUGACGUUGAAAUAGCCUCUGCGAAGCAACAUAUCAAGGAGUUUUCCGCAAGAAGAUUUUUUCACUUAUUUGUUACCAUUUCAGUUUUCCACGAGUGCACAAUCAAAAUGCCCGACUAGAGAGUAAAUAGGAACACUCAACAGUUCGUCUCCAUUUUCAUUCGUUUGGAAUAAGGUGAUGUUUGAUUUUCUUAUAGAUAUAGUAUGGUUUUUUUUUGGGGUUUUUUGUUUAGUUUCUUAACGUCUCAAUUUUUAUCUCGCCAGUUAGGAUACAUUUGCCAAAAAAAAGAAAAAAGAAAGAAAAUUGUAGAUGAGCAGCAGACCAAAAAGAAUUCGUAACAAUGAUACUAUCUGCCUUGAUAUUUAGAGAAAAUUCAGCCAACUUAUAGCAAGUAUAAUGACAGCUGAAAAGUGGAAUUUUUAUUUUAGAUUGAUCUUAGGAAUAUUGAACCACAGACCUUUUGCUGCGGGUCUUUGCAUAAACGAGACGCUUUCGUACGAUAACUUUUUUUUUUUUAAUCUGAUGAAACGAUGGAGAUCUCUUGGAAAUAGAUGCAGUGGUAGAAAACUCGCGCCUCCAAGUGGUUGCAGUUUAAAUAAUUAAAUAAAAUAUUUAUAAAUCGCUCAAGGCUAUUGCAAACAUUUAUUAACGGAGGCACACGGCGAGGUUUUAUUUGAAUCAAUAAAGUUUCUUACAAGG